AUGGAUUCAAUGCAUCCAGACCCAGAUCCUCCUCUCCCCCCUUCCCUCCCAGACAUCCGUAGUCAUAUCCAGCGACUCGAAGCCUCUUUGAACGACCGAGGGCAUCAUCUAUCAGGCCGCAUCAUCCAUGUCUGCCACCACCUCCCCGUUGAAAUCAUCCGCAUCGUACCCCCUGAAGCUCUCGAAUCCGGCAUACUUUCCCCUCCCAUGACCCCCGAGUUCAAGCCCGAAGAUCAAGACGCCGUCGUCGAAAGCAUUGAUGCAAAAUGGAGGAUCCACUCUCGUACCGCACAUACCGCCAUGGUUUCCGGCAUCAAGAGUCUCUCCGAAACUCAUGAGCAGCUCAUCGUUGCUUGGACAGGUGAGGUCCUCCUCCAAUCCAACACGAAUGUUUCACCCCGACCAGACAAUCCAGGACUACCGAGUAUGAUAGCGAGUAUGGCGAAUCGUCUGUUGGCGGGGAAAGAGGAGAAGAGUCCGGCUAUGCAAAUUGAAUCUGGACUGAAUCAUGAUCCCAAAGACGACACGGUUCUCAAGGUGUUCACGGGCGAGUUCAACGCGGAUGAGAAGAAAGAGAUAGAAAACGAGCUCAAUCGCUUUACCGGAGUCGAAUACGAGAUCGAGAAAAAAGGCAAACUUACUUAUGUGCCGGUCUUCGUCCCACCCGACGUGAGCAAGUCGCAUUACGAAGGAUUUUGUAAAAGGACACUCUGGCCCCUCUUCCACUACUUACUCUGGCUUGAUUCGACCGCCACUGUUCCCUCUCCUGAUCCCUCCUGGAUUGCUUAUCACACGACAAAUCUCCUCUUCGCUCAAAAAGUCGCCGAGGUUUACCGUCCCGGCGACCUCGUUAUCGUUCACGACUACCACCUUCUCCUCGCCCCAAAGAUGAUCCGAGAAGCUCUUGGUCAACAUACCCACAUUCAUGGUACCGGCUGGGGCACAGUCGCCCCGUCUCCUGGCGUUGGUACAGAAAGACGCAAGCCCGACUGGGAGCACAAGUUCAACUCCUCGACCCCGGCUUCAGAAGAUAAUGCCAAGAGUAGUGGGAACAAAGAAUCGUUCCUCGGUAGUGUUCAGUACGCACUUGGGCAUCAUCUCAGCACCGGACAUAAACAACCUCCAGAGAUCAUGGUAGGAAUGUUCAUGCACACUCCUUGGCCCAGUUCAGAAAUUUUCCGCUGUUUACCCAAAAUCCUCGAAGGCAUGCUCGGCGCCAACCUAGUCUCAUUCCAAACCUACUCCUACUCCCGUCACUUCGUAUCCACCUGUAUCCGAGUGUGCGGCUUCGAAUCUGCACCCGGCGGGGUGGAUGCGAACGGAUCUUUUACCGCCGUCGAGUACUGUCCCAUAGGGAUCGACAUCGAUCGUGUCUCCAGAGAUCGCGACUCUCCCGGUGUUCGCCCUCGAAUGGAGAACUUGAGGAUGCUGUAUAAGGACAAGAAGAUUAUAGUGGGGCGUGAGAAGCUUGACCAGGCGAAGGGAGUGUACAACAAGCUUCAAGCGUUUGAAAAGUUCCUACAGGUGUAUCCUGAGUGGAGGGGCAAAGUGGUGUUGAUACAAGUGACCACUCCAGCAUUGUCCGAGCAUCCAAAGUUGGAGAGAAUGACGGCGGAACUCGUCAGUCAUAUAAAUGGCGCAUACGGAUCUUUGGACUUUACCCCCGUCCAUCAUUAUCAUCAAGCCAUCGAGCGGGACGAGUACUUCGGCUUGCUCUCCGUUGCCGACCUAGCUCUCAUCACCUCCCUCCGAGAUGGGAUGAACACCACUUCCAUGGAGUUUAUCCUAUGUCAAGAUCAGACCAACAAGUCGCCCAUUGUCCUCUCCGAGUUUAUGGGCACAGCUGCCUCUUUCCACUCCGCAUUGACCAUCAACCCUCACGACCUUCUCGGUGUUGCCGACGCAAUCAAUCAUGGUCUGUCCAUGAGCGCCGAAGAGAAGGCUGAGCGUCAUGCUGCUUUGUACGGCGGCGUCGUGGGACAUACCUCUCACACUUGGGCAGCAACGGUGUUGAAGCAAUUGUUGCAGAAUGUCGGAGGGGAGAAUAUGGCACAUCAGACUCCUGCGCUAGAUGUUGGUGUCCUUGCUGAGGCGUAUAAGAAGGCCAGUAAACGGUUGAUGUUGUUUGAUUAUGACGGCACUCUCACCCCCAUUGUCAAAGUUCCCUCUCAAGCCAUACCCACCGAUCGAACGCGCGCAGUCAUCAAAGCCCUCGCCGCCGAUCCAAAAAAUGUCGUCUAUCUCAUCUCAGGUAGAGACAGCGAUUUCCUGGUCGAUCAUUGGGGAAUGGUCCCUAAUCUUGGUCUAUCAGCUGAGCAUGGGGGUUUCAUCAAGCCUCCCUCCGGGACGGAAUUUGUCAAUAUGACGGAGAACCUGGAUAUGAGUUGGUAUUCCGAGGUGGAGGGCAUCUUUAGGUAUUACAUCGAGAGGACAUCAGGUAGUACCCUCGAGACGAAAAAAUCGUCUUUGACAUGGCACUACCGUAACGCUGAUCCGGACUAUGGCGAAUUCCAAUGUAAACAAUGUCUCGACCUCCUCGAAUCAUCUCUCGCUCCUCGUCGACCUAUCGAAGUCUUGGUCGGAAAGAAAAACCUCGAAGUCCGACCUCUAGCAGUGAACAAAGGUGAAAUCGUCCGUCGAUUAAUGUACGAAAACCCCGAUGCCGAUUUCAUCUUCUGUGCUGGUGAUGAUAAAACCGACGAGGACAUGUUCCGUUCCCUUCGUUCUGCUUUACCUGCCGGAGGACCUAAACCAGGUCAACCAGUCGUACUCAAACCUCCCGUGGCUGUAACUUCCACCAUGGACCCUGAAGAAGCGGAACAAUUACCAGAUGUAGAGUUGAAGGUUACACAUGGAGGUAUAUUCAGUACGACUGUUGGACCACCUGCUAAACGUACUUUGGCGGAAUGGCACGUUACUUGUCCUGAAGAAGUUGUCGAGAGUUUAGAGAGUUUGUUAGAGAAUGAACAAGCGUGA